AUGGAAAAAAUAAAUGACAUUUUGGAUUUGCUUGAUAAAAUAGAGAACACGGUAGCAAAUGGUGGUUCAGAUGAUUUGAAUAGAGAACUAGAGAAGAUGUACGCGUAUUAUGCAUUGGACUUAGAAAUAUGCAAGCUAACAAAUAAGAAUUCUUCUGAAGCAAAAAAUGGCCUAAGAAAGGUACAAGGGUUGAUGAAACAGCACAAUUAUAAGAAACCAGUAGAUUAA